GCGGAGCGGCGCGCGCGGGCUCUGGCCGUCAGUCCGCCAUGAACUGCCUGACGGUGCCCGGCGUCCACCCCGGCUCGCCCAGCCGGCCCCGCGGGCAGAUACAGGUGAUCUUCGGGCCGAUGUUCUCCGGGAAGAGCACGGAGCUCAUGCGGCGGGUGCGGCGGUUCCAGCUUGCCCAGUACCGGUGCCUGCUGGUGAAGUACGCCAAGGACACGCGCUACAGCUCCUCCGGGGUCUCCACACACGACAAGAGCACCAUGGAAGCUGUGCCCGCCGGGCUCCUCCAGGAUGUGUACCAGGAGGCGCUGGGCGCCGCCGUCAUCGGCAUCGACGAGGGCCAGUUCUUCCCAGAUAUUGUGGAGUUCUGCGAGACAAUGGCCAACGCCGGGAAAACCGUCAUCGUUGCUGCUCUGGAUGGGACUUUCCAGAGAAAGGCCUUCGGGAGCAUCCUGAACCUCGUGCCGCUGGCGGAGAGCGUGGUGAAGCUGAAUGCCGUGUGCAUGGAGUGCUUCCGGGAGGCCUCCUACACCAAGAGGCUGGGAGCAGAGCGGGAGGUUGAAGUGAUUGGAGGAGCUGACAAGUACCACUCUGUGUGCCGAGCCUGCUACUUCCGCAAGCGGCCCCAGCAGCCUGGGCUGGAGAACAAGGAGAACGUGCCCCUGGGGUUGAGGCAGCAAGAGGCAGCUGCAAUUCGGAAGAUCUUCGCUUGACUGCUGGGAAAAUGGAGGGGAAGAGAGCUCAGUGCCAGGGCUUAUGGGCUCAGGAUCUGCUUCCCCGUGCUUUUAGUGAACUGUUCAGUGCCUCAGCCCUCCCUGCCCAACCUCCACUGCCCCCCCACACCGAGCACCACAGCCAAGGAGGAUUCACCAGGCCUGAUGCUGGGGAGAGCUGAAGCGAGAGCCUGAUGAGAGUGAGUUCCAGUCUCAGAACACAGAGAGAGAUGGGUGUAGUUAGCCAUGUUGCCACACACAGGCCCUGGCUCAGUCCAUGGCGGGCUCGGCUGCAGGGCUCUGGUUGCUCACCAUGGCUCUGGCCGGCUCUCCUGCUGCUCUGUGUGUGCUCAGGCUGGCACUGCUGCUGGUUCUGGUGCCUGUGAAUGCAGCUCUUCUCUCUUGUGCACUCUUGCUAAAUUCCAGGUUUCUCAAGACAAUGUACAGUCAUUGAGACUGUACAGUAUUUUGAACCCACUUCCUUUUUUAACAGUCUGAGGUAAUUUGUCCCUUGUCACAGAGCUGUGGCACAACUUUUAAACUGACACAUGCGACAGCCCAGCCCUGGGCAGGGCCUUGGCCUUUCCAUUUGCUGACACUCUCACUUUUAUUACUGUUUUGUCAAUUCUUGUUGAAACAGAAGAGGGGAAAGGAAGGCCCAACUCAGCCUGGCAGCAGGCUCUUCUGAGCCACUGAACUUCAAAGGGCUGGCGGUGGUCUAGCAGGCUGUGACAGAGUCCUUUGGAAGAACUGGUCCCAGGAAGAGCCUACUCGAAAUUUGGAGCAGUUUUUCUCAGGUUCAAGAUUGGUGCUGCCAUUUUGGUGCUGCAUUACCUGUGAGGGGUUUAGAGGCUCAGGGUUUCAUCUACCCAGAUUUCGGCAACUGUUCCUUUGAAGGUCCAGCUACUUGGCAAAGGGGCUCUGAUCUGAAGGGCUGGUUCUUUAGUUGUGUCUCUUGCUCCCUCCUGAGCCUUCCAAAAUUCUCAAGGCUGACUGUUCCUCUGCUCUAAGCUGACUGAAGGAUCCUCUUCCCCCUUUGCUUGGUUCAGCUUCUGGAAGGUUGUUGGCUUUGUCCUUACUCCUUGCAAAAGUGCUUUUCCCUGGAAGAGAUCCACAGGCUUCAAGCAAUAGCUCUUGAUUCUGGCCAGGCCAGAUCUCCACGUGUGAGUGCAGGGUCACUGUUUGCCUGUGCCCUGGAAGGCUCCAAGAGCCACAUGAACUCCCCCUGUUCCUCCCAUGUUACCAGUGGGCACAACUGUACUCACAAGUACUCGAGUGCCAGGCCUGGGCUUUUAUCUUGGAGCUAGGGAAGUCACUGCUGCUGCUGUUUUAGGUUAAUAAAUAACUUAAUGAACCUC